AUGACCGUUUGUUCAGUUUAUCUUAACACCUGCCCAAGCGACGAGUUUUCUAUUGCCGACAAAAAGGAUUGGCUAGUGAGGAUUGACGACAACGACGACGACGACGAAGCCGGCGACUGUGUUUGCCUGUUUACAAGAAGGAGGAGGAUGCUGGCCUGUCGGUCGAUCGGAGGAAAACUGGCUGUCGUCGUGAAAAUAUGCGUAAAAGAAACCGGCUGA